UCACAAAACAUUAGGUUUGUCCAUUCACUUCAUCUCACAAAACAUUAGGUUUGUCUUGUCCUUUUCAGUACAUUCCAUCGUUAAAAGACUCCACAUUUCCCUUCGGAACCAGGGCACGUACAUACAGAAACCAUCACACAUUAAUCCGGCAAUGGCUUUCUUAUCCAAGUUGCCCUUGGUUGUUUUCCUCUCUUCUCUCUUCCUCCAUGCUGCAAUAGCUGAGCUUGUUUGCGAGAAUUUGCCAAACAAUGUUUGCGCAUUUUCAAUAUCAUCAUCGGGCAAAAGGUGUUUGCUGGAGACGUCUGUGGCUUGUGAUCAUGGAAAGGUGGAGUACCAAUGCAAGACAUCAGAGGUGUUGGUUAACGGCAUCACUGAAUACAUUGAGACUGAUAAAUGUGUUGAAGCGUGUGGGGUUGAGAGGAACACUGUUGGAAUCUCAUCGGAUGCCCUUCUUGAUCCAAAAGCCACUGCCAAGCUUUGCUCUCCUUAUUGUUACCAAAUGUGCCCCAACAUUGUCGAUCUUUACUUCAAUUUGGCUGCUGGGGAGGGAGGAUAUUUGCCGGACUUGUGUGAGAAACAACGCGCCAAUCCUCACCGUUCCAUGAGCGAGCUUUUGGGUUCUGGUGUGGCCCCUGGCCCUAUUUCCGGCUCUCCAUCUCGAAAAUUAUAUGAGACUGAGCUUUUGGGUUCUGGUGUGGCCCCUGCCCCUGGCCCUAUUUCCGGCUCUCCACCUCGAAAAUUAUACGAGUCUAAGCUUUUGGAUUCUGGUGUCGCCCCAGCCCCUGGCCCUAUUUCCGGCUCAUCAUCUCGAAAAUUAUACGAGACUGUUACCUUCUACGUUUCUAGAGCUGCAGCUCCCCAGUAAUCAUGUGACCAUCUGGAUGCAUGGUUUUUGGAGUACUUCGUAUUUUAAAAAUGAGUUAGUCUACAUAGAGAUUUUAAAUUGGGACUUUUCAUGUAAGCCCAUACAAUUAAGUUUAAAAAAAAUUAAAAAUUAUAAUAAUAUCAUUUUUAAAAUGUUAUUUUUUCUCUUUUACCCCUAUUCAUCUUUGAGACUGUACACGCAGUCUCCCACUCAAGACUGCAAAUAAAAUUUCUCUUUAAAAUUUAGCUUAAUUUAAUGAGGGAUUAAUAUUAGUAAAGUUGAGAGAGAAUCUGUCAGAUCAGUGAGGGAUUGAAAUUCAAGGGUCAAUCCUUCCAGUA